AUGCAGCAAUGGCAAGUCGGCCCAGUGCCGGAGUACAUUUACUCCAACUCCACCCAUCAGCCUAGCGACAUGCAUCACACCUACUCAUUCGGCCAUGUUGAUCUCGUCGAAAUGAAACAUUUAACUGACACUCGUCUCCAGUCCUCAGCACGCCUACCAGCCCCAGGACAUGUCUCGCCGGGAUCAACAUCCCCAGUUCCAAGCCCAGCUCCCCAGCAGCACCAUCCCACCCCGGUGCAGCCUCCGAUGCAAAUUCCGCAGCCGCCUAACCAGCCUCCGGCCCAACCCCAGCAGCAUCAGCAUCAGCCCCCUCCCCAGGCCCCGCCCCAGCCGAACAGGAACCGCAAGCGUCCCGCUCCGGCUCCGACUCCCGUCGCUCCUCCCGUUGUCUCUAGCGCCCCUCCUAUGCCGGCUGCUCCCACCGCGCCCACCGCCACGCCCAUUCCUCCUCCCGCUGCCCCCCCUAUCGCCGCUCCUCCUCCUCAGGUCCAGCCUACGGAAGAUGCCAACGCCGCACCCCAGCCUCCCCCGGCCAAGAAGAGCCGGACAAAUACCCCUUGGACUCCGGCUGAGGAGCUUCGCCUCAAGCAGAUGAGAGAUGCUGGCAGCAGCUGGGCAGAAAUCGCCAAGACCUUCCCUACGCGUACUGAGGGCAGUGUCAAGAAGCAUUGGUACAAGGACAUGCACUACGCCGAGUUCGCGGAGGACGAGUCCCAAGCGCUCCUCAACGCCAUCAAGGAGUACGAGAACAACAAGUGGAAGGUCAUCGGGCAAAAAGUCGGCAAGCCGGCCAAGGCCUGCGAACAGUACGCCAAGGAGCACUUUCCCGACCUCUGGGCCAAGCCGAACGCCCGGUAA